GCCCUGGGCGCGGUGGCCGAGGCCCUGCUGCCGGCCGAACUGGCGCUGGUCGCGACUUGCCGCGGCGUGGCGGCGGCCGCCGCGGGGCGGCACGAGGCUUGGCGGAACGCCGUCGCGGCCCGAUUCGGCGGGGAGAUGCUGGAGGCCGCCAUCUUGCCGGCGCCCCAGCGGCGCUUCCUCCAGCUCGCGCGGCUCCACCGCGCGCUGCGGGCUGGCGGCGCCCGAGAAACGAGGCCGCCGGUCUUCUCCGGGCGCCGCCCCCGCUGCUCGUGGCGCGAGCCCUUGGCCUGCUGGACCCAGGUGCUACCCGCGGGCGGCGCGGGGCCGGGCAUUGCUUGGAGCGACGGUCAGCGGGUGUGGGCCUCGCCGAGCCUCGGCGCGCCGCCGAGGCUCCUCCGGGUCGACCCCAGCCGCCUCAGGCCGCGUGCCGCCUUCGCGCGCGGCCGGCUGUACGUGCACGGCGGCGGCGCCGUGUGCGUCUUUCGGGCCGUGGGCAGCGGCGAGGCGGCCGCUUUCGAGGAGGAGCCGCCCCGUGUUCGGGCGCCCACGGGCGGUCUUGCUGGGGAGUCCUCGGACCUCUUCUCGAUGAUCCUCAGGACGUGUGUUCGCCCAGUGUGUGUGUGUGUGUGUGUGUGCAUGUGUGUGUGGCUCGUUCAGCGUCACCGCCAGCACGCAGCCUGUGUCAGCCCUCAUUUGUGA